AAUAUCUAUUUUUAGAAUCAGAAUCAAGAGAAAAGUCUUUGAAAAGUGAAAAGUGAUGAUGAUGGAACAGGAACCCCAUUUCCUCUCCAACUUUAAACUGAACCCACCAAUUUAAAGAGAAAAGCAGAAAACUCUGAAAUUGAAUCUGUGUUUGGUUAUGGCUCUUACAUGCAAACUAGGGUUCUUACCUCAACCAUUUCACACCACCAAAAACCUAACCACAACCACAAAGUUUCCUCCUACACUUAGGUUUUCGCUUAAACUCCAAGGGCAACCAAAACUGAGGAGCGUUGUUAAAAUGUCGGCAACUGAAGUCACAAUUCCGACGAUCUCAUACGAUUCCUUCACAGUAAAGCCUCCUCUGCACCCUACUUAUGAUUUGAAGGGCAUUAUCAAGUUGGCCCUUGCAGAAGAUGCCGGGGAUCUAGGCGAUGUAACAUGUUUGGCCACCAUUCCAUUUGACAUGGAAGUGGAAGCUUAUUUCUUGGCGAAGGAGGAUGGAGUCGUUGCUGGAAUUGCACUUGCAGAGAUGAUAUUUAAUGAGGUCGAUCCUUCUCUAAAGGUGGAGUGGUCUAAAAAUGAUGGAGACUUUGUCCAUAAAGGACUGCAGUUUGGAAAAGUUCAUGGACGAGCACAUAACAUUGUUGUGGCGGAAAGGGUAGUGCUUAACUUUAUGCAGAGGAUGAGUGGCAUUGCAACUUUAACCAAGGCAAUGGCAAAUGCAGCAUCCCCUGCAUAUAUAUUGGAGACUAGAAAAACUGCUCCGUGUUUGCGUUUAUUGGAUAAGUGGGCGGUAUUAAUUGGUGGAGGACGAAAUCAUAGGAUGGGUUUGUUUGACAUGGUUAUGAUAAAAGAUAAUCAUAUAUCAACUGCUGGCGGUGUUACAAAUGCUCUCAAAGCCGUAGACCUGUAUCUAGAGAAAAAUAGCCUUCAAUUGGAGGUUGAGGUUGAGACCAGGACGCUCGAGGAAGUGGAAGAAGUAUUACGUUAUGCAUCUCAAACAAAGACUUCUUUAACUCGAAUCAUGUUGGAUAAUAUGGUUGUACCUUUACCUAACGGAGACGUGGACAUAUCUAUGCUGAAAGAAGCUGUUCGUUUGGUUAAUGGGCGAUUUGAAACUGAGGCUUCAGGCAACGUUACCAUAGAUACGGUACAUCAAAUUGGACAAAGUGGAGUAACCUACAUCUCUAGUGGUUCCUUGACUCAUUCAGUAAAAGCACUUGACAUCUCUCUCAAAAUCGACACUGAAUUGGCACUUAAAGUUGGAAGGCGCACCGGAAGAGCUUGAUUAAGAUAUUUUUCUUGUAUUCUUCCUCGCUGGUCUUCACUAUGCGGCAUGCAUUAUCUCGAAUCGCCUUAUUUUAGAAACUGGUUUGUUAACAUGAAAGCUUGUAAAUUCGAGAUAAAAUAAGUUUUUGGCCAUCAAUCGGCUAGAUGGUGGCUAGAAAGAAACCGACUAAUGUUCCACCAGCUAACAUGGUAGAAUAAUAAGCAAAACUUUUAGAAUUGGAACAGUUCAAUGUAAAAAUUGAACAAGAAAGUUGAAUAAGAGUGAGGUAAGACAAGUUAGAUUUUAUCCUAUCCUCUGUAUUUGUAUGGUAAAAUUUUAUUUAAUAUGAUGUUUUGUGGCACAAUAUUUUAUGUUAAAUGCAUACGAUGUUCUCGAACGUCA